AUGGAAAGACGGGACGCCAACUACAGGCGAGACGACAGCUACAGAAGAGACGACGCCUACCGACGAGACAACCGGUCGCAUAGCCGCAAGAGGCGAUGCGGCUACUGUGCCGUACCAUGGCACCCCAAGGAGCAGCUGGCCUCUUGCCCAAAGACGUCUGUGGCCGGCGACACGGACUCCGAUGAGUUUGCCCGGGGCAUCCUGGAGAUCCGGAACACGCCCCGGGUGGACGGACGCUCACCCGCCCAGAUCCUCUACGGGCAUCCAGUUCGGGACAACGCCAGGGAUGACUCGCGGCGCGGCUCUGACAAGUGUCGGCGCUCGCCGAUGUUCAGGGACGACGCCAGGGACGACUCGCGGCGCGGCUCUGACAAGUGUCGGUGCUCGCCGAUGUUCAGGGACGACGCCAGGGACGACUCGCGGCGCGGCUCUGACAAGUGUCGGCGCUCGCCGAUGUUCAGGGACGACGCCAGGGACGACUCGCGGCGCGGCUCUGACAAGUGUCGGUGCUCGCCGAUGUUCAGGGACGACGCCAGGGACGACUCGCGGCGCGGCGCUGACAAGUGUCGGCGCUCGCCGAUGUUCAGGGACGACGCCAGGGACGACUCGCGGCGCGGCUCUGACAAGUGUCGGCGCUCGCCGAUGUUCAGGGACAGUGCCAGCGACGACACCAACUUCAGCUAG